AAUAAGUCCAUCUGUGACAUUUCCUGGCUGCUAAAUAUUCCACGGUCAGCUGUUAGUGGGGUUAUAACAAAGUGGAAGCAACUGGAAACAACAGCAACUCAACCACAAAGUGGUAGGCCACAUAACAUGACAGAGCAGGGUCAGCGCAUGCUGAAGCGCACAGUGCGCAAAAGUCGCCAACUGUCUGCAGAGUCAAUAGCUAAAGACCUCCAAACUUGGUGUGGCCUUCAGAGAGCUUCAUGGAAUGGGUUUCCAUGGCCGAGCAUCUGCAUCCAAGCCUUACAUCACUAAGUGCAAUGCAAAGCGUCAGAUGCCGUGGUGUAAAGCACGUCGCCGCGUGACUCUAG